CUAUUACAUAAUACUCGCGUUGAUAAGAUGAUGAUCUAGGUAUACAAUAGCCAUGUUUAUUCAUUUAUUAUUCUGGGUGUUUCAUGUGUUUCAGGCCGAAGCAACCGAUAGAGUUGAUGCAUACCCGGUAACUUGUUUUCCAGUCCGGCUGAGGCCAGGCGAGGAAAUCAAAAGUGAGCUGUUGAACGUCGUGAAAAAAGAGGGUCUACAGGGCGCGUUUGUGAUGUCAUGUGUUGGGAGUGUGACGAAGGCAGUGCUGAGGAUGUCGGACAGUACGACGGUGAAGACUUUUGAGGGUCACUUUGAGAUCGUGUCACUAGUGGGCACACUGUCUGCAGGCGGGCAUCUCCACAUCAGCCUCAGUGACGUCGACGGACAUGUCUUCGGAGGUCACGUGAUGGGCGACUUGGUCGUGUUCACAACGGCGGAGGUGGUAAUUGGUAACGCGGGAGGCGUGGUGUUUACCAGAGAGCCGGACUCCCAGACGGGAUAUAACGAACUUGUCAUUAAUCCAUAUACCACCUGACAGCAUGAUUAUAAUUUCUGUAUUAUAAAUUUAACAGGUGUCCUCAAGGAAAUGAUUAAACAGCCUGUGUUCACCAAUAAACACACAAUGGUCAGAACAGGUGACAAUUAACAACAUGGAUUACUCAUAUAUUAAUUACGGUAAUAUCGAACUUGUAAAGAAAAGAAAUAUAUAAACCUUUGCGUAUAUUUUAAUAAUCAAACCUUUUCUGAAAUCCAGUAAAUCAGGAAAUCAUCCGUUUGUAACAUUGUACACACUCUGGGAUGAUACUUUGUGAACUUUGUGAUUUCUUAUUAAAUCAACAAGUGGGA